CUCCGGUCUCCCUAAUUUUUUCUAUUUAGUAUUAUUUUUUUUAGCCCUUAAUCCAUAAACCGCGAUUUUGCUUCUGCUUCGCUCACCUCCUCCUCCUGUUCACCCUCAUUCCUCGAGCAGAGCCCUCCUUCAAUCCCCAUGAAAAAUUUGUAAUCCAAUUCCAUAAUCCACCGCCGAGCUAUUCCCAAGUUCCGAAGAUAUGAUACGCGAUUCUCAACUAUUGAUUCGAUUACAGUGCGGCGGUGGAAAAGAGAUUGGGGGAUUGUUGUGAGGGUGAUUUGCUUUUUUUUGGUUUUGAAGGGGAGGAUUUUGCGCGGAGUUGUAUAGGAAUUUUGAAUCAAUCAUUUUGAUCUACAAUGGGGUGCUGCGGCGCGAAUCUGGAGGAGAUGGGGGAGCCCGACGCUUUCUACCCGAUCAGAGCCGAGUGCCGAGAUGAUGUUCCCAACACCCGAUUCAAGCCCAGGCACGGCAAGACGCUUAGCGCGAGAAGAUGGCACGCUUCGUUCUCCGAGGAUGGCAAUUUGGAUAUUGCCAAAGUUCUUAGAAGGAUACAGCGUGGGGGCGUUCAUCCGACUAUAAAAGGAGUUGUGUGGGAGUUUUUGCUCGGUUGCUAUGAUCCUAAAAGCAGCUUCGAUGAUCGAAGUACACUAAGACAAAAUAGAAGGUCGGAGUAUGAGAAAUUGAAGUCAAAGUGUAAGGAAAUGGAGAAGGCGGUUGGUAGUGGAGUUGUGAUUACUGCCCCACUGAUAACAGAAGAUGGUCAGCCUAUCGCGUAUCCCGCAAGCAACGGCGCUACCUUCCAAGAGAAUAUUCCUUCUGAUACCAUAGAUUCCUCCAACCUAGAACGGGAAGCAAAUAACGAACCUUUAGACAAAGAAGUCAUCCAGUGGAAGCUGACUCUGCAUCAGAUCGGUUUGGAUGUAGUUCGUACGGACCGGGCGCUUGUUUAUUAUGAGAACCAACAGAAUCAGGCAAGGCUGUGGGACAUUCUUGCAGUUUAUUCAUGGAUGGACCAGGACAUUGGUUAUUGCCAAGGGAUGAGUGAUCUUUGUUCGCCAAUUUCGAUCCUUCUUGAGAAUGAAGCAGAUGCCUUUUGGUGCUUCGAACGUUUAAUGCGGAGACUGCGGGGAAAUUUCAAGGCCACAAGUACUACUAUCGGAGUUCGCUCUCAAUUGAGUUUGUUAUCAUCCAUUGUAAAGGCUGUUGAUCCAAAGCUGCAUGAACACAUAGAAAACUUAGACGGAGGGGAGUACUUGUUUGCGUUUCGCAUGUUAAUGGUCCUCUUCCGCAGAGAGUUCUCAUUUGUGGACUCGUUGUACCUUUGGGAGUUGCUGUGGUCUAUGGAAUAUAACCCAAACCUUUUCUCCACGUAUGAGACGGAGUCGGAUGCAGCAGCUAAUAACAAGAGCCAAGAAGCAAUAGGAGAUCCAACCCUGUUGACACAGUAUGGCAAGUUUGAGAGAAAGAAUAUAAAGGCUGGCCAGAAGGACCACCAAGCCACUUUAUCCAUCUUUCUCGUAGCCAGCGUUCUCGAGGCCAAGAAUAAACGGUUAUUGAAGGAGGCUAAAGGUCUAGAUGAUGUCGUCCAGAUCUUGAACGACAUCACGGGAAAUCUGGACGCAAAGAAAGCAUGCGAUGAAGCACUGAAGAUUCACCAGAAGUACUUAAACAAAACCAAGGUUUCGUAGUCUUCGGGCUCUGCCAUAUGAAAAUCGCACCAGCAGCUUUGUUUUCUGGAAAAGCGAAAGCGCCAUCAACGGGCCCUCCGACGAUUCUUUUGUUUUGCCCUUUGAUUUUUCUUACGAUUCAUUCAUUCUUUCAUUCUCCAAAUGUUCUGCGUCGCACACUAUUUUUUGUGCAGAAAAAGGCGGUUAAUAUAAUGAUUGUAUGUGUAUCAUGUUCAGUACUAUACGACCUCUAAAAUUAUGUAAUCUAAAUUUUAAGAGAUGGAUAAAGGACUGA